AUGCUGUUGACAUUUAUCUAUAUGAUAUUAACCUGGGCAAGAGCACGGAGACUGACACCUCUGAGGACGUACCUCGUCAGAGUGCUCAACAGCAGCAACAGUGAUAACUUACCAAAUUAUGUAAAACCUUCUUUGAUGUGUCAUAUUAAAUCUUCAGAUUCUUCUAAGUCUGAUGUCAAUUCUAAACAGACUGAUAGUGAAACCAGUCAUGACUUGCUUACGUCACAUUUAUGUUCUAACAAAAAUACUGCCAAACUUUUUAAACUAAUUUGGAGUGUUGGUGAUAACAAAUUGUGUAUUAUAAUUCCUCAGCAAAAAAUAGAUGUCAGCGAAUGGUUGGUUUAUCCUCUCGGUAAAAUGAAUUUUCCAUUAAGUGUGAAUAAUUGUAAUCAAACAAAAUUAGCUGAUGAUUCAAAAGUACACUUAUUAAUCGAGGCGGAUAUUAACAACUUUAAUCCCAGCGCAUUUACUAGAACAAUUAAGUUAGAAGACUAUGGAUUGUUACUAUCAUGGACUGCUGAUAAAUUAUUCGCUGCUAUAAUGGAAACUGAUAUUGAUCAUAUGAGUAAAUUAUCAAUAGCACUAAUGGAGAGCUUUUGCUUUAUUAACAAUGGACUUUUACUUACGCGUAUUGAAUCUGUUGAGGUAUCAGGAAAGCCUUGCAGUUAUAAUAUAAAUCAAUCUUCCCUGUGGAAUAAAAAACUAGUCGGCAAAGCUCAAUGGAAAACUCAUAUGGAAACUCUAAAAUUAUUCAGCAGUACAGCACGACGUGUAUCGCAGCAAAAAGAACCCUUUGAAGUGGAUACUUUACCCGGAAUAAUUGUUUCACCGGGUACUCGAUCAUUGUCAUUACAAAUUCCAACUGUUUUAGAAAUAAAUCAUCAACAUGAUACUUUAGAAGCCCAAGAAUUCAAAACAGAAGACAGCACAUCAGUGCCUAAGACUCCUCCACCAACUCCAGCAUCUCUAAGUAUGAUGGACCGCGGCGACUCAGUAAGGCGAAGCUUGCAGAUGUCCAGUAAUGAACUCAACACGACUCUAAGCCGUAAUUCAGAGACUCCAGAUCACCAGCUGAGUGUCGCUAACUCUAAUUAUUCUUCGACGCAAAAUAUCGACGAAGAUGAACCCAAGGAAGAUAAAACCAAGUCCCGCGCCUCUUCAGAUGCCAAUUUAUGCGAGAGAAUACUGCCGAAGACCUUCAAAGGGGAUCCUUUUGAUACGUCUUACACAAAUCGUGCUGAAAAGUAUUCUGAAAAGAGAAAAUUUCAGAAUUAUCCAGAACCCGGUAAGCCGCCCAACGUUUUAAUUUACGCUGACUCGACUUUAGCGAGUGAUAACAUCGAACGAGUCUUGAAACAAACUUUGAAUAAAGAAAAGUACAUUAUUUACAAAUUAACUCCGGAAGACGCUCGCCGAGAUGUUUGGAAAGACCAGGCGAAUUUGGUGGUAGUAUGCGGUAACGUUGACAGUGAAAUAGCGUCGCAAUUAGUCAACUACAUUGUCGAAGGUGGAAAAUUAUUGGCAUUAUGUUCGGAUGCACUGCAUACACUCUUGCCGUCAUUCAAAACUGCAGAAGUACGCGAACAUGAGCUCGUACGUUUCUCAUAUGGCAAGUGGAAAAAUGUGCAGAUGAUGCACCACAUAUUUUGCUACCAAGCUUCGCCGAUUAAAUCACGGUUCUCUCAAGAUCAUGAAGAUGUCAAGACAACACCAGUAACUCCAGCCUCAUCAACUGUAAAAGACAAACAGGGAAAAACUCACACAUUCCAAGUACGAGUUCUCGGAGCCGAGGAAACCUGGCACACCCCCAGCAUCGUCCUCGCAGACCUGCCGACCACAGGAGGCAAAGCGCUUUUUUCUCAAAUCCAUCUCGAGGCUGAUCCCUCGCAGUAUGAAAUGGAAGAAGCAAAGUACAAUGCUCUUAAAGCCAGCAACCCUGCGAGGCUUGAAAUUCUAUCAGACUUACUCGGCUCUCACCUGGGAGUUGAUGUCAAGCCAGUAGCUUCUGGAGAUGUUGCUUUUAGCCCUGGGUUUUUUCUGGGUAGACACGAGGCUCGUAUACGCAAAUUUAUUAAUUAUUUUUCAGUACUUAAACUGGAAAUGCUGGAACGACUGAAAGACAAGAUGGAGGCAAAUGAUAUUUUUAAGACAAAUAAAACAAAGCUGCAGUUUUGUAACAAUACUAAUAAAUUAGUACCACCAUCAUCAUCUAUUUUACCAAUCAUGCUGCAUACUUGCCCUGAUAAUUUUUCCACUAUUGAAUACUUUGAGAAUCUCAAAACCAAAGACUUUGGACGCCUUGUAAUUUACGCAGAUAUAAUGACAUCGUCAAUGGACGUAGUUGCCGGCUGUAAGUUACACCACGGACUAGCUGUUAUUCCUCGUCAGCAAACGCAAGGCCAAGGUCGUAACAAAAAUGUUUGGUUGAGCACAAAAGGAUGCUUGAUGUUUACGCUACAAUUACACAUUCCAUUAAAUAGUUACCUCGGUAAUCACUUAGCAAUUUUACAACAUAUUGUGGUAGUAGCUGUUAUUGCUGCUGUUAAGUCAAUUCCUGGAUAUGAGGAGAUUGAUCUAAAUAUUAAAUGGCCUAAUGAUAUUUAUUUAGGAGAUAAAGUUAAACUUGGUGGCCUUAUUGUACCAACACUUCUUGAGUCUUCAGAAGCCAUUUGCAAUAUUGGUAGCCUUGGAGUUAAUUUAUCAAACAGUACUCCUACGAGUAGUAUUAACGACGCGAUUAAAAAAUAUAAUGAGAAAAAAGGUACAAACUUAGCGCCGCUUGGAUACGAAAAAUUCCUUGCUCUUAUUUUUAAUCAACUUGAAAGUUUGAUAAAUUCAAUUCAGAAUGAUAAUGUCAAUCAUUUCUAUCAGUUUUACUACGACUACUGGCUUCAUACAGACACUCAAGUAAGCUUCGAGUCUCCUGAUGGUACGAUCAGAGAAGUAAAGAUUCUGGGAAUAGACAGCAAUGGAUACUUACAAGUCCAGAGCUUAGAUGGGAAAGUAUUUUCCCUUCAGCCUGACGGAAAUAGUUUCGAUAUUUUCAAAGGACUCAUUGCUCCGUCCUUAUCAAGAUAA